UGGCUUCAUUGUCACAGAUUUCCUCAGCCUGAUUGUUGAGACAUUUGGGGCAAAGUCUUUGUGAAUUGAAGAGGGUAGAGGUGACACAUUUGGCAAUGAAGACGAGCAUCCUGCUUAUGUUCCUGUGGGGGUUGUCCUGUGCUCUCCCAGUAGCCAGGUAUCAAAAUACUGAAUCUAAGAGCUCUGAAGAAUGGAAGGGUCAUUUGGCUCAGACACCAACACCACCUUUGGAGAGCAGUGAGUCAUCAGAAGAAAGUAAAGUUAGCUCAGAGGAACAGCUCCAGGCAAAUGAAGACUCCAGUGACAGCACUGAAUCAGAGGAGGGCCUGGGCCUUGAGGACCGGCAAUACAUUCACAGACCAGCCGGUGGCCUUUCUGGGCGUGGGGGAAAAGAAGGCGAUGAUAAAGACGAUGGUGAAGACGAGAGUGGAGACGACACCUUUGGGGACGACGACGGCCUGGGACCGGAAGAGAGACGAGGAGGGGCGUCCCGCCUCAGACGCGAUGAGGACUCUGCGGACACCACAGGAUCCAGGGAGCACAGUGCCCCCCAAGGGGAAGACGGUGCCCAAGAUACCACCAGCGAGAGCAGGGACCUUGACCGUGAGGACGAAGGGGACAGCGGGCCUGAGGGAGGUGACUCCACUCCGGACCGUGAGAGUGAGGAGCGCUGGGUGGGAGGCGGCAGUGAGGGGCUUGGUAGCCACGGGGACGGGUCUGAGUUUGACGAUGAAGGAAUGCAGAACGAUGACCCGGACGCCUUCAGGAGCGAGAGAAGCAACUCCCGAAUCAGUGCUGCCCACAUCAAGUCAAAAGAAUUGAGGGGGAUCCGUGAGGAGCGCGCAAGCGCUCAGGAGUCCAGGGAAAGCCCAGCAGUGGGGUAUCCCAGCAGGAAACUUUCCAGGAAGUCUCGCAUUGCUGGGGAAGAUGGCAGAGGUGAGCUUGAUGAUAGCAACACAAUGGAAGAAAUCAUGAGUGACUCUACAGAAUACCCCGACUCCAAAGAAGCUGGCCUCGACCAAUCCAGGGAACGCAGCCAGAGUGAAUCUCAACAAGACAGCGAGGAGAAUCAGUCCCCAGAAGACAGCCAGAAUGUCCAAGACCCCAGCAGUGAGUCUAGUCAAGAGGUUGACCUGCCUUCUCAAGAAAACAGUAGUGAAUCUCAGGAAGAGGUAGUGGGUGAGUCCAGGGGUGACAACCCGGAUAAUGUCACCAGUCACUCAGAACAAGAUGAGGAAGCUAGUGACUCCGGUGAAGAGGACAGCUUGGAUAAACCCUCUAAUUCGGAGAGCAGAUCCAGAGAGGAGCAGGCUGACAGCGAGUCCAAUGAGAGCCUCAGAUCCUCGGAGGAAAGCCCGGAGUCCACCGAAGAGGAGAACAGUUCCAGCCAGGAGGGCACCCAGUCUCCCAGUACCUCCUCAGAGAGCCAGAGCCAGAGCCAGGAAAGCCAGUCCCAGGAGGACAGCCCGUCUGAGGAAGAGGAGGACAGCGAUUCUCAGGACAGCAGCAACUCAAAAGAAGACAGCAACUCAACGGAGAGCACAUCAAGCAGCGAGGAAGAUAUCCAGGCCAAAAACACUGAGAUGGAAAGCAGGAAAUUAACAGUGGAUACUUAUCACAACAAACCCAUCGGGGAUCAGGAUGACAAUGACUGCCAAGACGGCUAUUAGCACGGGCGCUCCUGAGCGCUUCUCACAUCUGGGAGUCUUGGGGGUUGGAGACUAGAGAAAUCAUGAUAACUGUAAUUUAUUGAUGUUUGUAUCAGAAGCAUAACCAGAGCCCAUUUCUUUCUAAAGGGAAAUGUUGGACAUUAUACUUGUUUCUAGGAUGUCACUAAACCAUAGAGGUUUCAAUGAUGGGGAACUUCACUAGAGUACCCUCAAUGAGACCCAAAGCAAGGAAAGAUGUGCAUUAUAGCUUCACAGCUGAAACAGUUCCUAACUCAUUUACCUAACACAGAGUUAUUGAGAUUCUGUUGUGUACCAGGCACUGUGCCAGGUGCUGGGGAUAUAAAGAAGCUUAAGACUUGUUUCUUGCUCCUGAGGAGCUUAUAGAGAGGUAGAUAAAGCUAAAGAGGGAUACAUACGACAGAAGCAAAAUUUAUUACAAUCCAUUGUGGUGAGUACUAUAACACAGGUAUGAACAAAAUAUAUGGGAGCACAGAAGAGAGGACCAGCUUUGCCUUGGAGAAUCAGAGAGGGCUUCACAGCACAAAAGACACCAGAGCUGGCGCAUUGCAUAGGAUUUCUCCAUUUAAGGCAAGACGGUUCCAUUUAUUCUUGGUUUAAGCAAUAGAAAAUCCUAUAUGAAUAAAUAUUUAGUUUGUGAAAGCACUUUCAAAUUAUGGCACAGUGAGGUAUUUUGGAUAAGCAAAACUUCUUUCUCAAUUAAUUUAUCCUUUUCAAUGUUUUUUGUGGAACUCCUGUGAGCAUCGCCUGCCUGACCACCAGUGAUGAUAUGGAGGAAUGGGUGGGAGACAGAGUGGAAAAAGGAAAUUCCUCUUUAAAUAGACAACUUUCAGCUUACUUUUUUUUCUAAAAUCAGUCUAUGUGCAAUGCUAGAAAAAUCAUUCUCAGAGUCCUUUGCCUGUGUUGUACAUAACAAAAUUGUGUGUAUAGAAUGCAAAUGAUUUUUGCCA